AAGCGAACACAAACCAAAGCCGCCUGCCUCGGAUGUCGGCAACGAAAAUCAAAGUGCGACGGAGACCGUCCAUCAUGUAAAAUGUGUCUCGAAAGAAACUCCAAAUGCGAGUAUUCAGUCGAAGAAGGCAAGACCCAGCAACAAGCCACCAAAGAGCAACUACGAUCGUACAAGGAUGUAUUGUCGUUGCUGAGGAGUAGCUCGCCCAAGGAGAGCGAAGCUAUCUUGCAUAUCCUCAAGAACAUGGACCUCAACGCCGCCUGCAGGUUCAUC